GCUGGCCUUCCGGGUCACGGCGCCGGGCCGGCAGCGGAAGUGGACGCCUUCCUUUUCCGGCGUUGUCAUGGCGGCGACUCUGGGGCAAGUCUGUGCCCUGGUGCUGGUGGCAGUGUUAUGGGGAGGCUCCAACCCGCUGCUGAAGAGGGCCACGGGCAACGUGGAGCCGGUGCAGGAGGGGAACCGGCUGGAGCAGCUUCUACAGGAGAUGAAGUACUUGUUUUUCAACUACCAGUAUCUGGUGCCCCUUUGCCUCAACCAAUGUGGCUCCCUGAUCUACUACCUUACCCUGGCAUCAACAGAUCUGUCCCUGGCUGUGCCCAUCAGUAACUCCCUGGCUCUUGUUGUCACCCUGGUUGUCGGGAAGUUCCUUGGGGAAGACAUUGGUGGAAAAUUCAGGGCAUGAGAAGACCCCACCUCGUGUCCCUUCUUUUCUGUUCCAGCACUUAGCCCAGUGUCUGGCACACAGUAGCUGCUUAAUGUUGAUUGAUUGACUGACUGAUUGAUUGAUUGACCCAGGGCCUGCCCUGGGAAUGGUGCUCACCAUCUCCGGAAUCAUGCUCUGCAUUGCAAGUUCAGUGGGCAAGACAGAAUAACAACAGGAUCCUGUGGCCAGCCCCACCCAGAGACGACGGAGCAUUGGAGGAGGGAACCCUGGGCUGGGGGAUCUUGAGCCACCUGUGAUUGAGCUUUCUCUGAGAAGGCUGUCUUUGACUUCUCCUUGGCAGUUGCCUCUUCCUCUAUGAUUCAGUGAAGCCUAAUGGGGAGGAGGUGGGCUCAGAGACUUCACCACUUUGAGCCCGAAGUUUGGUGCCUUGGAAACUCCCUCCCCCUCCCCCUUCAUUAUGUGACCCAACCUCUCUCAUGACCUUGGCCUCCCGCCAAUAUUGUGGUUUGCGCAGAGUGCUCCCCAGGCUCACACUUAAGGACCAUCUGAGCCUUGGAGUGAGCUGCUGUGGGUUGGGGCUGGUGGUGAGUCAGAGCCCACAGGUGCUGCAGUCAGUUAGAUGCCUUCCUUCCCCUCCCCAUCAGCAGCCCUGGAAGGGGCCCCUUAUGCCCUAGGCCAAGAGGCUAGCUUCAUCACCAGCUUUUGCUCCUCUAACUUUUUCCUGGUCCAGGCUUUAGAGUGGGAUAUGGUCUGGAGAGAUGGGUAAACAAGGCUCAGAUAACCCAGAAAGGGAGAAAACUAUUUUCUUUAUUAGGACAAAGCCUCUCAAAGAGUGUAUGCCCCUGCGUCCUUCCCACCCCACCUCGUGUCAGGCUUUACAGGGUGGAGGAAGGUAACCCUUCCCUUCCCCUGGAAGCAGAGGCUUUCCCUUCACUGGGCAGGCUCACUGCAGGUUGGUGGGCCAGGCAGACUCGAACGGCCUGUGGAUCUCCAGCUGAGAUCUUGGCAGGAGAUUGGGGGACCACAGCAGAAGAGGACGGGUUGGUUCAAUAAAAGGCUGUGCCAUG